CAAACUCUACCGUUCUCUCUCUAGCCAUUCAUUGACUCUCCCUUGCCAAAAACUCCGGGCAGCAGCAGAGAAAAAUCUUUACGCGCCAAAACAAACCCCAACGUCACCCCAUCGAGCCCGACCAAGCUGCCAUCGAAGAAGACUACAACAGCACCUUUUUCAUUAAUUCUUUGUCGAAAAUCAACUCAAAAGUCCUUGUUUUAUGACUUGAUCGCUUUUUUUCGCGGUUUUUCCGCCGCCUGACCGCCUCUCUCUCCUACCUCCCUCCAACCCCCUGGCAUCAUGUCAUCACGCAAAGUCCGCGUCAAGAAGUUGAACGUCAAGACGACGCUUCCAGUUCUUCGCGAAGACCAGAUCGAUCCGAACGAGUAUGAAGCUUUAACGACCGACAACCAAAUCGCGACCGGUGUCGAGCAGGCCGAGGAAAAUGUGAGUCAUCCCUUUGUUCUGCCACAUAUCGUGAUAUCACGUGUUUGUUCACGUGAUUUGUUUCCUCACCCCAUCCCUGUCCUGCUGUGAUUGGAUGGUACUAUCAUCCAACAACAAGCAGUCCAUUUCCUGGCCUCGACCUCAUACUAACCUUCUCAAUAGGAAUACCAUCUUCAAACCAUUCUCAAGGAGGCAGGAACCAGCAAUGACCAAGAAAUUCCUGUUCCGCCUCCCCAGGAGAGCGACAUCAACUAUGAUGAGCUCUAUCCUGUCCCUUUCCAUAAACCCUCCUCUUACAUCCGUUUUUCACAAACAGUUGAGGAGUGUAUAUCGUGUCUCUAUGACAUGACCACCGAGGACGAUGAGUUCCUCAAACAGUAUAAUAGUAAACCACCCGCUGCCGGGGCACUCUCUGAGGAUGACUUUGAACGCAUCAUGGAGGUGUUUGAAGACACGGCAGCGGAGCAGACACCAUUUGCAGCAGUCGAUAAUACCGUUGCCGCCUAUGACAUGAUGGUGCCUGCACUUCACGAGCUUGGGUCGCCGGCAAUUCUUCAACAUGCUAAGCCUGUGUACGAAUAUUGGAAGUCAAGGCGACAGGAGGCUGGCAAUAAGCCAUUGCAUCCCACUCUCAAGUUUGAGACUCAUCAGGAGACUGAUGACACAGACCCCUUCGUCUGUUUCAGACGACGCGAGGCUCGCCAGACUCGAAAGACCAGAGCUCGUGACAACAAAAUUGCAGAAACACUCAAGAAGUUGCGACGAGAACUUGAGGAUGGCCGGCAAUUGGUACUCGUCGCAUAUGAACGUGAAAUGUUGAAGCGAGAGCUCAUGUCGAUGGACCGCGCUCUGUUUGAAGAAAGGGCAAGACUCAAGGAGACCAAACUUCGGCUGGGCAUCAAAGGCGAGGAUGAGGAUCUCGUCAAUCAAAAGCCUCAGAAACGCAAGCCUGCAGAGCCCCCAGUCAUCCGACAGCCAACCGGUGCCCACUUGCGACAACCUGUACGGUCUGAUGGAAGAACACUGGAUGCUGACCUUGUCUUGUUGUCAGACAAGCUGGCAGAGAAGGAGAAUGAACUUCGACUUGACAUAGAAAUGAAGGUUCAGAACCACCGGAAGUGGAACCAUAACCAUAUUGACCUAACUGGGGAGCCGCUGUCGCCAGUCAAGGAACAGGGCACAGAAGUCAAGUUCCGACAAGCGAAGACGCAGUACUUGAUGACACCCCCUGCAUCCACAUCGUCAGAAAUGGAAGUGGACACACACAUACCUGAUGCCCCGCAAGUGGACAAACGUGAGGCACCUGUCUUCCAGUUUUCCGCUGGAUCAAAUGAGCCUUCCAAGGGUAGCCAACCUUCGUUCCGUCGACGUAUUGGUCGACUGAACCGAUUGUGGAUUGAUCGAAGAGGCAUGGUGACGCCACCGCCAGAAUAUGGCGAGAAGUCGGAUAGGUGGAGAUACGACUCGGAUUCAGAUGAUGAUGAGCCACCUGUAUAUGAAGUUGAUCCAUUUGAUACCCGGGCAUUGAAGUUCCGGGCAACAAUUCCGUUGAACCCAUACAUGUUUCGAGGACGCCCAGCAGUACCACCAGAUGCCGUGGUAGCAGCUCAAGCACAAGCAGGUAACAGGGUACUGCCAUCGCCAGCAGCAGCACAAGCGGCGGCGCAUGCGCAUGCUCAAGCCCACGCUCAAGCGGCAGCACAAGCACAUCUGGCAAUGAAAGCGCAAGCUAAAGCGGCGGCGGUUGCACAAGCACAAGCUCAAGCAGCGCAGACGGUGCAGUAAGCGUACCGUGGACAGUGGAUUGUAUGAAUAUGGUGGAUGUUUGUUUUAUACCCCAGAAAUAUUGACAGAACGGACGGCGGACUGCUGGGCAAAGUCGAUGAGCCCUCGGUAGACAGAUGGGGCAUCGUGUAUUAUUUAGUCGUUGACCAGGGCAUUGCAAGGAGUUUCGGAACGGGUGGUGGGUAUUCGGGUUUUGGAGCGAAAGAACAUUCUGCGGCCCAGGUCGAGAUAAAAUGAAAAAAGAACCAUGGUCGACUUUUAGACCACAAAGAUGAUGCUGCCCCUUCCC